UAACAAAUACCGUUAUUACAAAAAGUACAACACAGAUGCACGUUGCAUGCCCCAUUAUUAUUAUUUCUACGUUUAGAAUCAUUUUACAUUACAGUUUACAUACAGUAAUUAUACUUUCAUUGUUUCACAGAACCCUUCAUAGUCACGCAUUCUAUUAUUUCCCUAUGAAUUGAACCAAAUGGCGUACUGACACCAACGCUGCAAGAAUGGAGGUUUAUGUUUCAAUCACGGCACUUAUAAUUUGUUGUUCAACAUAAGAGGUGAUUCUAUAUAACUGCUUUAGGCUUAUCAUUAACACAUUAAUAUUUGUUUUAUCGUGAGUGGAUACCCUAUAGGUAGGUCAUUAGAGUAACCUCCCUUGAUUCGCUUUUGAGUUGUUUCUAUCCUGCCUUUCUGUCUCUUGUACAUAACUGUUGACAAGUCAACCAGAAUAUCCAGGCCACCUAUACCACUGGCCAGUCAGCAUGUUAGGGUCUCUAUGUCGACAUGUCCGGUUCAGAGUUACUUCUCCACAACUUGGACGAUUGUGUAGCCGCAAGUGCUCGUCACUGACCGGUGCGUCUGCAGACAUGCACCUCCAUUGGGCGUCAGGGAGCGCUCCGUGCUGGAAGGUGAUGCUUGUCCUGGAGGAGAAAGAACUGAGAGAUUAUCCCAACAAGAGGCUGAGGUUUACCCUCGAAGACCUGAAGUCUGAUGAGGUUAGGAAACUGAAUCCGCGAGGGCAGGUGCCGAUCUUCCAAGAUGGCAGCACGGUGUUAAAGGAAUCUGGUGCUGUGUGUCUGUACUUGGAGCACAAGUUUCAGAAGCAAGGCACCAAGCUCCUCCCUGAUGACUAUUCACUUCGGGGCACAGUGUUGCAGAGAAUGUUUGAGACAGAAAACAUCGCUCUCACAAUCCUGAAGGAGGUCGCUCAUGUCCGGUUCCUCUUCCCCAAGGACAAGGUUGACGAGUCCAGAAUGAUACCCAAAUACAAGGCAGCUCGGAGGGAACUGCGUCUCUGGGAAGACUAUUUGUCAGACGACAGCGAUUUUCUCGUCGGAAAUAACUUCACCAUGGCGGAUGUCUUUUUGUUUCCAUAUGUGGCUUUCUUUGUACGGUAUGGCCUUGACAUUGGGAAAUACCCCGCGAUGGAGGCCUACUACAACAAGGUCAAGGACAGACCGUCAGUGAAGACAACAUGGCCACCCCACUGGGCUAACGGACAAGGUGACUCGUCUGUGUUGGGAUCGAUAUGAAUAGACGGUUAAAAUGUCUAGACAACUAAGAUGAAGCACAGACCUUGUUACCACAGAAGUGUAAAGGGAGAUCCAUCAAGGCUUGCACCUAUCAUUAUAUCUGUAUUAGGUACGGAGAAGCUUAUGGUGCGUGUUAACGUAGUCACAUGCCGAACAAGCUCUUCUGAUUGACUAAACCGUUCCUUGAGUCAAAGGACAAGGUUUGCCCAUUUCGGCCUUGGUAUACACUAUACAGAUUUGAUGAUAAAAUAAAUUAGGAUUUUUUAAACAAAAUAUUAUGAAGGUUGUAAUGCAUGUAAUAAUCUGGGUUUGUUUCAGCUUGUGCAUGUUGUAACAUUGCUGAAUAA